GAAUCUUCUGAAUCUUCUGAAUCUUCUGAAUCUUCUGAAUCUUCUGAAUCUUCUGAAUCUUCUGAAUCUUCUGAAUCUUCUGAAUCUUCUGAAUCUUCUGAAUCUUCUGAAUCUUCUGAAUCUUCUGAAUCUUCUGAAUCUUCUGAAUCUUCUGAAUCUUCUGAAUCUUCUGAAUCUUCUGAAUCUUCUGAAUCUUCUGAAUCUUCUGAAUCUUCUGAAUCUUCUGAAUCUUCUGAAUCUUCUGAAUCUUCUGAAUCUUCUGAAUCUUCUGAAUCUUCUGAAUCUUCUGAAUCUUCUGAAUCUUCUGAAUCUUCUGAAUCUUCUGAAUCUUCUGAAUCUUCUGAAUCUUCUGAAUCUUCUGAAUCUUCUGAAUCUUCUGAAUCUUCUGAAUCUUCUGAAUCUUCUGAAUCUUCUGAAUCUUCUGAAUCUUCUGAAUCUUCUGAAUCUUCUGAAUCUUCUGAAUCUUCUGAAUCUUCUGAAUCUUCUGAAUCUUCUGAAUCUUCUGAAUCUUCUGAAUCUUCUGAAUCUUCUGAAUCUUCUGAAUCUUCUGAA